AAUUGUUCUUUCUUCCAUUAUAAAAAGGUCACAAUUAUUAUUUUUUGUUUCAUUAUCUUCGAGAUUUCUCAAAACUCAAAAUCCCUAUUUUUUCUUUUUUCAGUGAUUAACCUGAUCACACUAUCAGCACCGGUCAAAGUGAAAUCAACCACACAGGUCACAAAUUUCUUAAGUGAUCCUAAAAUAAUGGAGUCUCAUGAUGAAACAGGACGCCCCAUACUUUGUAUUAACAAUUGUGGCUUCUUUGGAAGGGCUGAAACCAUGAAUAUGUGUUCCAAAUGUUACAAAGACACCUUGUUGAAUAAGGAACAAGACAAGCUAGCAGCAGCAUCGGUUGAAAGCUUUGUGAUUGGCGGUUCAACGAAAGCGGUUGUGAAUGAUGGUGCUAUUGAUGUGGAGGUCAAGCCUGUCUGUGCUGAGAUUUCUGGAGAUUCAUCGACUAGUGAGAUUCUGGAAACCAAAGUCAAGACAGGUCCAAGCAGAUGUGGAACUUGCAGGAAGCGCGUAGGAUUAACCGGUUUCACCUGCAAAUGUGGAAACCUAUUUUGUGCAAUGCACCGAUAUUCUGACAAACAUGAUUGCCCGUAUGAUUACCAAGCUGUUGGUCGGGACGCUAUUGCUAAAUCCAACCCCGUAAUUAAGGCGGAUAAGAUCGACAAAUUCUAGGGUUGCACUAGACCGAUUCUUGUCUUGUGAUAGUAGUUAGAAAAAAACCUGCAUUGCUUGUUGAUGGGUGAUGAUGACUCACUUCACUUGUUAGCUACAUUAAGGUUUUUGUUCUGGUUGGAAUUCUUUGGAUCAUUUGUUGGUUAAUUUGCUUAUUAAUGAUAUUUACUGCUUAGUUUGUGUGUC